AGAGCAUCGGUUUCUCAACCGUUUCUGAUGUUCUUGCGGCGUGCUCCUGUUUCGCGAUUUUCGGCGAUUUGGAGAAACUAGGCUUCAGGCUAUCUCGUCUUCUUGGCUUUUUAUCAGCAUAUCCAAACCUACCAACUACAUCAACAGCCAGGCUGUGACUCGAGAAUCAAACUUUCAAACAUAUCGGUGUCAUCUUCAGAUGUGACCUAGUCUCAAACUGCACUGCCAACAUGGGUGCACUCUCGCUCUAAUACUUCCUGUCUUCUCAAGCCCUUAUCAACACCAAUUCCCCCCUGGUACCCUCGUCCAAGAUGAGUGCCCCACCUGACGACACCACGGGCAACACAACAAAUGGUUCUCCAGAAGCAGGAAACAGUACGGCAGCGGACCCUUCAACUUCAAUCGCAUUCACGCCUCUUCAUAAACUUCCACUCGAACUUCGGUUCAUGAUUUACCGCCGCACAUGGGAGCCAAAAACCAUCACAAUUUCAAGCCCUGGCGUUGGCAGAAUCCAUGACUACCCCGAGCUGCCUGUAACCCUGGGCAUCAACAGCGAAACCCGACAGGAGACAUUGAGGCACUACUAUGAGUGUAAUGUCUGGUCAAGAUAUGUCAACCAUACCACCAAUGAGUUCGGCGAGAGAUGCAGAAAGGCAUAUAUCAAUCCAUCUUUGGAUAGGCUAUACCUGGAUCACUUCCCAACUAUCACCAGGAUCGAUAUCCCCAACCCCCCGGUCAAGAAGCCGUGUCUACGGAUCAUUUUAAGCGCAUACAUCGACCAGCCGGGUGCUCUUGAGCUAUUGCACGCCAAAUCGGGUCUCGAGCCGCUCAUUCUUGAGAUGGAGGUCGAGCAACGAAUCACAAGAAGGAGAAGGUUAUGGGGUGGCCUUGUUACUGAGCGUGGAGGAAGAUAUACCCCUUGCUUUGGCCCGUGCCCAAGGACGUCGUUUAACUUUUGGUUCGACCAAAGAAUCAGAAGAAGGAGAAGGGGGUUAAGCUUAGCUUGGCCCUAUGCAUCAGCAGAAUAGAUUGAUUGCUGGGCAUGUCAAAGGCCAAGGCGCUGACGAUCUUCGACACUCAGGAUCAGGAAUGGGAGGGUCAAGUGUAUGGAUGUGCAGACUUUUAAUAGGACAGAGGCCGUCGUUUUACUCUGACCUCUGAUUUGUGAAAGAGAUGAUUCAGUAGUCAAUGCUCAUGUUGAUUCAAGCAAUGUAAUUCAAUAUGUUGAUAAAUGCAAAUGUUGUCGUGACGGUCUUGAUGCG